GUUAAUAUACCAAACUACUUGAAAUUCCAAAAUCUGCUUUGUACCUUCAAAUGUAAUACAGGUGGUACAAUAGAAAUCAGUAGAGUUCAUUGUAAGCGACCCAUCCAUAAAACCUAAACGUGUACAGAUGAUGAGUGAUUCAGAUUCACACACAUGACACUACGAUAAAACAGUCAACAUGAACUAAACACAAAACACCCUAAACACACAUUACUGAAAGCAAAAAUGAGGAGCAGAAGUAUUAAAUACAAUCAGGCGUAGACUGGGACAAAAUCUCACCCUCAUCAGGCUGUCCCAUACACCCAAACUAAUUCUCAAACACGGACAACCCUACUGUUUGUACGGCCAUCUCAUAAAAAAGGUGUAAAUAGGCUGGGGACACGCUAAACCUUCACUUCCAAUUUACUUUUCAGUCACGUUAUUUUGGCCUGAAAACUCUCACAUGACUUUAAUACUCAAGAUUUAACAAAACUAUACUUUAGAAAUUGCCUAAAUGUCAAAAUUAGUAUAAUGUUAUAAUGUCAUCAUUACAAUAUCUUUACAGAAAAAUCCUAAUACUGAACAAAAGUCAUAUUUUUUCCCUUAUAAAAGUACAAAGUACUGUAAAAGUACAGUAACCAUGUUUUUUUUUAGUGUUACAGAAGUGUUACAGACACAAAGUCCCCUGACAAGACCAACAUCUGCAACGGAAAUCUGAUCAAGACACUUUCUUAAAAAAAAAAAAAAGGCAUUGCAAAAAUCUGAAAGCAGUGAAAUAAACACUAAUGUAACAGUGAGUGAGGGGAAACACUGCAGUAAAUCACCAUACGUGUGGAGAAGAAAACGCCUUCUCACACACCAAACCACACUUCCCAGCAUGCAACACAGACACAGAGAGACAGACAGAUGCUGCAGGAUGCUGUUAGGAGACGUCUUUCCCAACUUCGAAGCCGAUUCCACUUUUGGCAAAAUGAAACUGCAUGAUUUUCUGGGAGAUUCCUGGGGCGUCCUGUUCUCUCAUCCUCGAGACUUCACUCCCGUCUGCACCACCGAACUCGGCAGAGCCGCUCAGCUCAGUCCUGAGUUCAUCAAGCGUAACGUGAAGCUGAUGGCGCUCUCCGUCGACAGCCUGGAGGAACAUCACGGCUGGAGCAAGGACAUCAUGGCUUACAAUAACGCAGAGCCUGGGAGCCAGUUUCCCUUCCCCAUCAUAGCGGAUGACCGGCGGGAGCUGGUGGAGAGACUGGGCAUGCUGGACCCGGAGGAGAAGGACCGCAGCGGGAUGCCUCUCACCGCGAGAUGUGUGUUUGUGAUCGGCCCGGAUAAGAAGUUAAAGCUCUCCAUUCUCUAUCCUGCAACAACAGGACGGAACUUUGAUGAGAUUCUGCGUGUCAUUGACUCGUUACAGUUAACGGCGCACAACCGUGUGGCUACGCCUGUGGACUGGAGGCCUGGAAACAGUGUGAUGGUGCCUCCCAGCAUCCCUGAGACGGAGGCCGCGGCGCUCUUCCCCGCUGGAGUCUACACCAAAGACCUGCCGUCUGGGAAGAAAUACCUGCGCUACACACCACAACCCAACACACAGCAGCAGUGAACUACAGA